AUGGAGGAUGAUGGAGAAAACUACGCCCAUACCUCAGUUCCGUUGAAUGGCCCCUCCGAUUUUUCUCAACCCUUGGCAGGCGUUGUCCUCUGCUGCACCUCAAUUGUCGAAGAUCUACGCACAAAACUAUUCGAGUAUGCCAAACAAAUGGGGGCUAUCUGCGAAUUUGACUUGACCAACGAUGUUACACACCUCAUUGUCGGCGAACCAUUCAACACCCCAAAGUAUAGAUAUGUCGCCAAGGAACGGCCAGAUGUCAAGCCAAUGGGACUCGGUUGGAUUGAAGCUCUACGACAAUUAUGGAUCAAAGACGAACAAAUCGAUGCACAGGCGUUGGAGAAUGAACAUACGUUACCGACACUUCAUUCCCUCAAAUUCAGCAUGACGGGUUGUGAAGAUACUGCGAGGCAAACCAUUGCCGACGAAAUCGAAGCUCAUGGUGCCGUGUAUGCAGGAGAUUUGACAAAAUCAAUCACUCACUUAAUCUCCUUUCGGACUGAAGGUGCUAAGUACAACGCCGCGAAAAGCUGGAAAAUCCCAAUUGUCUCUAUUGAGUGGCUGCGUGAUAGUUUGGAGAGGGGAAUGGUUUUGGAUGAAGCAUUGUACGAUCCGAAUUUGCCACUAGAAGAGCGAGGCAAGGGGGCCUGGGACCGAUCGAAACCCAAGAGGACGUCCCUCGGCAAACGGGCGAGGGAAAACGGUAUGGCUGGAUCAGAAGGAGGUAAAAGGAAGCUACGCCGCACCGCAAGCACCAAACUGAACAGCCAAAGUGAGAGCAUGUGGGGGCAAAUCGUUGGAGGAGGAUCAGUAGUGCAAGUUGCUCAAAGUGGGCAGUGGGAAGUCAAUGGAGAAGAAACGAAGCAGCGAAAUGAUCAAGCCAUUCAAAACAAGCCUGAGCAGUCGCUUGAUACCACCAUACCCAAGCAAACCGUGGAAACUAAAGCGAAAUUAGACGGAAUUUUCAGUGGUUCCAGGUUCUAUUUUCAUGGCUUUACACCUACGAAGGCGCAAGUUCUUUGCAGUCACUUACUUCCCCAUGGAGCUGAGAUAUACGAAACCAUCGAUGAGCUACGCUCAGUACCACCAACAAAUACUUCAUGUCACAAUAUGAUGAUUGUCCCACACGAUUUACCAUUAUCAGAGCAUCCUGAGCUCCCACAGUCCCAGCUGCAUAUUGAAACGGUCACCGACUGGUGGGUGGAAAGAUGUCUCCAUCAGAAGAAAUUUACGGAUCCGGCUGACCAUGUUAUUGGUCGACCGUUUCAAGUUUUCCCGAUCGAGGGAUUUGUCGGGAUGAUUAUCUGCUCGUCUGCCUUCUCCGGCAUAGACUUACUUCAUUUCAAGAAAGCAGUUGAAUUAUUGGGCGCAACGUAUAGUGAGGACAUGACCCCACAAUCAUCAGUACUUGUCAACAAGUCAUUACUCGACUUAAGAAAAGAUAAAUUAGAACAUGCACAGCAAUGGAAGGUUCCAAUUGUUGGAUCAAAUUGGCUUUGGGAUUGCAUCAAAGCUGGUACGAGAUUGAGUUUGAAGAAUUAUCGCUGCAGGCCUCAGAAACGAUCGGACUCUUUGCCAAACACUGAGCAAAGGCCGCAAUCUCCCGGUGCAAGCCAGUCAGAUCGACCCGCGAUCGUUGCUGCAAAGCGGAUAUCUAGAGGGAACAGUAUUUCUGGAAAACACACCAAACCUCUUAGAAACUCUGGAUUCGACGAUUCAGCAUUCGCACCAGACGAAGACGUCACUCUGAAUAAAGCCGCUAUGAAAGAAGAAAACGACUUUUACGAUAUACAAACCUUACCAGCAGCAUCUCCAACUCAAGAACUCACUUCUAGAUCCGAGCCGCUAUCGGAAAGAAACCCAAAUUCGUCCUCAAAAACAGUCUCUACCGCUCCCGCUCCUUCCGACCACCCUGGCGCACGGCCACCACAAGAGGACAUCAGUAAUGCUAUUUCGGAUCUAAUUAGCAAGACGAAGACAGCUAUACAGCCAGCACAGAGUGAGGCCCCUGAAGGACGAAAACGCAGUACGCACAGAAUUCUCGGCCGUGUGGCUAGCAAUAUGUCCACGACAUCAAACCACUCCCGAGCUACAUCAGUUGACUCGACAGCUACUCAUGGCAAUCCAGUUGAAUACCCACCCUACGAUACCGGGACGAAUGAGCAGAUGGAGAUGCUGAUGAAUGGCGAUAGAAUUUCUCACAAAGCUGGAGAUAGCCAACCCCCUCCUACCCAAUUGCAAUAUGAGGAUCCGGAAAGUGAAGCAGUCUCAGAGAGGGUCAUGGCGAGGAUGUUGGGGGAGAAAGCCCCGCCGCCUAAAAGAAAGGGCUUGAAGGAGAAGGCGGUUACGAUUGGGGACUUCGAGCCGAAAGCUAGGGCUACGAGACAGGGAAGGCGGGGCUGA